GAGGAGGUCCAGAGGGAGGAGGCAAACGGGGAGAGCAGGAUCGAGAAAGAGAGUGAGGGAAAAGAAGUGGCGCUCUGUUUGCAGAGCAGUCUGGGACCAUGCUGUCAGGCAGCUCUCUGAUCUGGAUUGGGGCGCUGCUUCUGGGGCUUGAGGCUUCGCUGACCAAGGCGUCUGACUUCCAGCACCAUGGUUAUGAGGAGAUGGUGAGGGCUCUUUUUGCCGUCCAAAGUGAAUGCCCCUACAUCACUCGCAUCUACAGCAUCGGUCGCAGCAUAGAGGGACGGCACCUAUAUGUCCUGGAGUUCAGUGAUAAUCCUGGCAUCCAUGAAGCAUUGGAGCCCGAGUUCAAGUAUGUCGGGAACAUGCAUGGGAAUGAGGUGCUCGGCAGGGAGCUGCUCAUCUACUUAGCCCAGUUCCUGUGCGAGGAAUACCGGGCAGGAAACGAGCGAAUCACGCACCUCAUCCAUGACACACGGAUCCACAUCCUUCCUUCGAUGAACCCGGAUGGAUAUGAGGUUGCAGCCAGGCAGGGUCCAGAGUUCAACGGCUACUUAGUGGGACGUGGAAACGCAAAGGACGUGGACCUGAACCGCAACUUCCCAGACCUGAAUGCUCUUAUGUAUUACUACGAGAAGCACAAUGGCCAAAACCACCACCUGCCACUGCCUGACAACUGGGAACUACAGGUUGAGCCGGAGACUUUAGCGGUGAUAAAAUGGAUGCAAAAUUACAACUUUGUUCUGUCGGCUAACCUUCAUGGUGGUGCUGUAGUUGCUAACUACCCCUUUGAUAAGUCUCGCGAACCCCGGAUAAGAGGCAAAACAUCAUACUCGGCUUCCCCCGAUGAUAAAAUAUUCAAAAAGUUGGCAAAGACGUACUCCUACGCCCACAGCUGGAUGCAUAAGGGCUGGAACUGCGGAGAUUACUUUGAUGAAGGAAUCACAAAUGGAGCCAGCUGGUACUCUCUGUCUAAGGGGAUGCAGGACUUCAACUACCUCUACACAAACUGCUUUGAGAUUACUCUGGAGCUCAGCUGUGAUAAGUUUCCUCCAGUGACGGCUCUCGCCAGUGAGUGGCUGGCCAACAGAGAGGCUUUGGUGUCCUACAUGGAGCAGGUGCACCAUGGGAUUAAAGGCAUGGUCUAUGAUGAGAACAACAACCCAGUUAGCAAUGCUGUGAUCUCUGUGGCUGGCAUAAACCAUGAUAUCACCAGCGGAACGGAUGGAGACUAUUUCCGUCUGCUCUUGUCGGGUACCUACACAGUGACAGCUUCUGCACUAGGUUACCAACCUUUCACCAAAACAGUAACAGUGGGACCGGCUGAAGCUGUACAGUUGGAUUUCUAUUUGAAAGUUCAACCAAAAGGGAUAAACUUGACCGUUAAAGCUUAUCCCAACAAGAAAGGUUCACCAACAGCUAAAAUUCCUCCAACCAACCUUGGCCCAAGAUAAAGAGAAAGAACUACACAGACAAAACAAGUCGAUGCUUUUUAAACUGAAGAACAACAAUGGGAAACAUGGACACUCACUGUGUGCACACAAACCUCACUUUACUAUGUCAAGUAGAUUCUCUGUUGUUUGUAUAAAUGCAUAAAAGUGUUUUCAUUGUGAAAUCCAUAUAUUGCUCUCAAGUUCCUGUGGAGCUUAAAUAUAUAUGUAUGUCUUAUUAUGGCUUGGAUUAUAAAGGAAUUGGGAAAAAGUAGGUAACAUUCUGUUCUAUGAGAAAUUAAUCAUAGAUUAAUGGAGGCAUUUAGAUGGACUAAAUUGGAAACUGUCUGAAUAUGAUUAGUGGUUGAUCAGUAUAAGGUUAAUUAUCUCAUGUGGAUAAUAAUAAUAAUAAAAUAAACAUUUUAUCAUUUAAAAUAUACUAAGGUUGGUCUUUUUACUCUUUGGACAGUUUGUUUUUAGGAAUAUGAACAUGUUUAAUGUAAUGAGCAUGUGUGAAUAUUUAUAAAAAUGUAUUUAAAUUUUCAUUAAGCUAAUCAAUACACACUGUAAUUAAAAAAAAACUCAUGCAUAUACAUUUUCUUCACAUGAUCUUUAAAUGUGAAUAUGUUAUGAUUCAUUAAACAAGGCAUAUUGUAUUUCA